AUGUUUAGUAAAAGCUUUAGAUUACCAUCUGAUGCUAUAGAGAGAUGCAGUAGACCGGUAAGUUCGAUAACUGAAGCCCAAUCGUUGUCUCAGGAACACAAUCUACUUGCAGAUCAAGACUCCGAAAAAUUAUCAACAAGGACGUCCAGAACUUCAUACGUUGAUACCUGGAAGGUGCAAGAGCAAGACAUUAAUGAAAAUCCGAAUGAUAUCAGUAAAUGGGACUUACUAUUCAAAUCGUUCGAUGAUAAAUUUGAAGAAUUAUACGAUGAACAAAAUGUGGAAAGUAUAAAUGAUGAGUUCAAGAAGUUUGUCUAUCGAAGCUACUCGGAAUUGCUACAUCGGUUCCCAUAUCUAACAAAUUAUUGGAAGGAUUUCCUGAUCUUUGAAUAUAAAUUGAAUGGGGCAGACGCUUCCAUUAAUGUCUUGAGUAAAUCAGUAGAUAAUUUUCCACAUUCUAUUGAUUUGUGGACCGACUAUAUGAGUGCUCUAAUUACUCAGUAUGAAGGAACAUCUGAAACGUCUAAGCAAAAAGAACAAAUAGACUUCAUAAGAAUACAAUUUGACAAAGCACUUGCAUAUAAUGGGCAACAUUUUUUAUCACAUCCAUUAUGGGAUAAACUACUAGAAUUCGAAACUUCAAUAAAUGGUGAGAACGAAGAAAUAAGUAGAGAAAUAUUUCUUUCUUGCUUAAAGGUUAUUAGAAUUCCUUUAUAUCAAUAUGCACAGUAUUACAAGAAAUUCAUGGAAAUUAAUAAGAGGUUUUCAAUUAACGAUAUAUUUUCCAUGGAGCAAGACAAGGAUUUGUUGAUCGAGGAAUAUUUGGAUAGGUUCAAUAAAAGUUCUAUUGAAGAGUUGUCUUUAAUCGAAGAACACCAGAUUAUUGAUGAUUAUUCAUACAAGAUUUUUACAAAGACCCAGGCCAAAGUGAAUGAAAAAUGGAUAUAUGAAUCAGCUAUAACAGUAACUGAAUUUUCAUUACAAAAUUAUAACCAAAUUGAGGAAGAAUCGAAGAAGUGGAUGAAUUAUUUAAAUCAUGAAAUUGAGAAUUAUAGAUCGUUAGAAAAUGAAAAUAAAGAUAAAUCAAGGCAAUAUGAGUAUGUUAUUAACAUUUUUGAGAGAUCGCUCAUUCCACUUUGUUUAAAUGGUAAUGUUUGGUUGAAGUAUUUGGCAUUUAUAAACUCACUGCAUUUCAAAAGCGAAAUUAAGUAUGAAAAAAUGAAGGCAAUCUACGAUUUGGCAAUUAAUAGAUUUGUUCCCUUAGACGACAACUAUAUUAGAUUCAGCUAUGGAAUAUUCUUCAUGAAGUACAAUAAAUUUGACCUAAGCAAUGAAUUAUUUUUUGAACUCAUAAAAUUGUUUGGUGCGUCAGGAAGUUCGAAGGUAUACCAGAAAAACGAUUAUUUAGAAGCCGUUUCUUCUUUAAUAAAACUUUGGUCUCAAAUAUUAGAUGAGAGUAAAACAACAAAUGUACUAGAGGAAUUAAUAGACAAUUAUUUUGAAAAAGCUGAUCGGUAUUCAAAAAGGCCUGGCGCUGCUGAAUCGAACAAGGAAAAGGAUGAAAACUCAAAGGAGUUUACAUUCGACGAUAGUUACGUUAAAAUUUUGGAAAAACUCCUAAAUGAUGAAUCGAUAUGCGUAAUAAUAGAUUUUUAUCUUAACUAUUUAAUGAAAUAUCUCACCCCAUCAACGCAUAUUAAGAUUAGGAAGUUCUUCAAUCGAUAUUAUAAGGAAUCAGCAUUACAAAAAUCAGUCAAGUUUUGGAAGUUUUUUAUUGAAUUUGAAGGAUUGGUACAUCAUAAUAUGAUAAACUUAAAAAAAAUCGUUAGGCAUAUACAAUACAAUACUCAAUUACCUAAAUCGAUCUUGGAUAGUUUGAUCGAUUUAAAUUACGAUAUAGUUAGUUCAAAUGUGUCUGAAAUCUUUGAUACUAAUGCUAAUACCGGAAGAAGCGAUGAUACUCUAAUAAUGUAUGACAAUGAUGUAUCUGAGUCAUUGAUAGUGAAUUCGUCAGCAAGGAAGCGCUUGUCUAAUAAUAAUUAUUUGAUUCAAGAAUUAGAAGAAAUGAAAAUUGCUAAAUCUCAAAAUAAAUACGAGUCGGGCCAACCUUUGGUUAAUAGAGAAGAGGAGUUGUUAAAGAUAAUCAGAAAGCAUGCAGACCAUCCAGGUAUUAUUGUAGAUCAUACUCCAGAAAUAUCUAACAAGAUAAUGAGUCAAGGAAAUUGGAUAUCUUUGGAUAAGGACGUCGUAGAAGUGCCAAACUUCCCUACUUUUAAAAAUGUAGAGAAAGCCAGUUUACCAGUUGUAUACCCACCGAAUGAUAUAUAG